AAAUUUUAUUUGUGUAUCCCCACUCUCGUAUAAAAUUCCCAAACUCCAUUUUACCUCUUCUUUAUUUUGUAUUUCCUUCUUUUUUUUAUUAAAAAAUAAAAUCAUCCUCUUGUACUUUCUUUAACUACCCCCUUUCCUUUCCAUACAAAAAUGAGUUAUCCCAACAUCAAACCUUAUCCUCAUCAAGAAAAUACAUUUGAUAUGUCAUAUCAACGUCACAAUCAACAUUAUUCUGUUUAUCGUCCUGCAUAUCAUAGAAUCCCAUCUACACCGGCUAUUGCUCCUCGCCAAUCGUCUGGCAAGGAUGCUUGGUCAUCUUCCAUGUCUCCCGAGGUUUCUCCUAUUGUAGUACCAUCCAUGUCAGCCGCCUCUUUAGACUUUUAUCAAUCCAGCUAUUAUUAUUAUAAUAGACCAGUCGUCCAAAGCUCCAACUAUCAUAAUAUGCAUAUCCCUAUUCAUCAUACGCUAGAAAAUGCAACCAUCACCUAUGAUACAGUGGAGCAAGAUUUCCAAAAAGAUCUGGUCAAGGAUGUAUUCUUUUCUCCUGCCAUGAUUCACGGCAGAGAAAUGUCUCCUUCAAAUGAUUCUGCUUCUUCUGCAUCUUCCACGUGUGCUCAAAGUGACAAUGAGUCCGACUUUUCCCCAUCUGAAACCUUCUCACCUCAUGAAACUCCAAGUGAUCUUUUAUCUCUCGACGAUAAUGUUCAUCUUUUUGAUUUUGGUCUUGAUCUUGCCACCACAAGCACCAACUCAAACCAAACAACCACAAGCUCAUAUGAAGAAGUCAUGAUGAUGGCCAAAAAGAACAAGCCUGCCUUCACCUUGACGUUGAAAAAGUUUGACUUCAAUCAUUCUCAAUACGAGUUCUUACCUACACCUCCAGCCUUGGAAUAUAACUUGUAUCCUCAACAACAACAAAAUAAGCGUCGCUGUUCAGAUUCAGUUUUACAGGACCGCAUCAAGAAAAAGCAACGUCAUUCUGCAAGACCUUUUGAUACUACCCCUCCCCCUUCUCCGUUAUCAUCCACAUUAAAGAACGAAGCCAUCUUUGAAUCUAAUUGUGAUUAUUUUGAGGAUGCAUCCGGUGAAGAGUCUUCAGACGAUGAGCAAAGGUAAUAAGAACUAGUGUGUGUGCGUGUGAGUUUGUUUAUUUACCCUUUACCCUUUUAUCAAGAUCCUCCCUGGAAUACAACCGAUUUGGUAACCAUCUUCCCGCUGAAUUUCAAACGCAGACAGUUACGGAUGA